AAAACUUUAUUGUUUUCCAUUUCUUGAGUUGUCUUUAGCCAAUAAUUGUCAAUAAAUGGCCCCUCAGCCGGUGGUAACGGGCCUGUCCCCAAAAGAGGGUCCUCCCGGUACCCGCGUCAUCAUUCGCGGCGAGUUCCUAGGCACCCGGGUUCAAGAUUUAAUUGGCCUGAAGAUCUGCGGAUCCGAUUGCUUACUGUCUGCUGAGUGGAAAUCUCCCAACAAAAUAAUCGCCCGCACGGGCCCAGCCAAGGGAAAGGGCGACAUCAUAGUGACCACUUUGAGUGGCGGAGUGGGGACUUCCACAGUGCAGUUCCGUGCUUAUCACGAAACCAUCGGUCCCCUCAAGGAGUCAGCAGUAUGGAUCGAGGAGUCCCCAUCACAGAACUUCGCCUGGGGUCGACGCACUCUGGCACAGUCGGGGCUCACUCAGGAGGACCCUCUUGGCCUGUCUAUUGAAGGCAACGAACAAAAGAUACCCGAGGAUCUGCGGGAUCUCUUUCCGGACGCCUGUGGUGAUCUGUCGCAGGAGAACUUUUCGCCAUCGUGGUUCUUGCUGGAGAACCACCUGGCCACCUCUUUCGAGGACCUCAAGGCGGGCUUGGCCUACUUGAAGCGAAAAGUGGAGAGCCAGAAGGAGGGACAGCUGUCCUUUCUGAAGUCUAAUGCUGGGUCUGUGAUCGACCAACUGGACACGUUGAUGAACAUCCGGGAUAAGCUCCAGGAGGACGUUAAGUUGCAUGGGAAUGAGCCUUUGAAUAUUCUGGAGGCGUCCAUAGAAAAUUCCAUUACUGAGUCGCAGAAGAUAUUCACCGAUGUGCUGGUUCGCAAGGAGAAAGCUGACUCCACGCGGUCAGUUUUGUUUGCCUUGUCCCGGCACAAGUUUCUCUUCUGCCUGCCGAACUCGGUGGACCGACGGGCCAAGGCAGGCGAGUACGACAUUGUGGUCAACGACUACUCCCGCGCCAAGAAUCUCUUUGGAAAAACGGAAAUUCCCAUCUUCCGAAAAGUUCUCGAAGAAGUGGACCAGAGGAUUCUCUCCAUACGGAAGCAACUGCACGAGAAGGUGGUGAAGAUGCCGCAGAGCGUGGAGCAGCAAAAGAAGCUAAUCAAGGCGCUGACCAGUCUGGAGCUGCAACAAAGCGGCACACCCAUAGGCGAUAAGCUGAGAAAUAUUGAUCCAGCUUGGGAUGCCAUCGAGGCGCGAGCCAAGUACCUGGAGGCCACCUUCCGGCAGACGUUUGAGCAGCAUGCCAACAAGGACCCGGGUGGGCAGGAGAAAUCGAAAAACAGAGAUCGAGAUUCAAGCCAGGCCCCCAGCCGAGUCAACUUCUGCGAGGAACUGUGCGACAUUGCCGCGUCCCAACUGCCGGAUCUGUGGCGGCUGGGUCAGCUUUAUUUCACUGGCGAGUUGCGCGGACCUCACGAUCCUAAGCCAGGGGACUUCAAACGGAUGAUUCUCAAUGCGAUUGAGAAGUACUGUGUGUACUUGCGCCUAGCGAUUCUCAUAGCCGCCGACCAACGGGCCCUCCGUCAGUCCAGCGGCCUGGCGUGGCCCAUUGGAUCCGCGUCGGCCACCCAUCAGUUUCUGCCCUGGAUUCCGCAGUGCCUGCGGUACACGCGGAUAGCUUAUGCCACACUGAUAACAUUGGAUCUGCCCUCGGAAGCUCUGGAUAUCAUCCAAAAGCUCAUUGACGAAGUGCGUCUCUUCUGCUUUUCAAUAAUCUUCAAGCGGGCCACAGAUCGGUGCAAGAAACUAGGGAGCCAGGAGACGUGGGAAAUGGGUGUGGAGGACUACCCGGGUGCCACUCUGCUGCCGGCGGCACUCGAAGCCCUUCUCGUUGAAACUUUGGACGAAGUGCAGUCGGUGUGCAUGCAGCCAGAGUCCCGGGAGGGAAAUCUCCUGGAGCCCCAGUCAGAUGGACAGCGCGAGGUGUCAACGCGCCUGCAGGAAUUUCUCUCCGCUUUUAGUGGCGUGAUCGAGGAACUGGCCUUCCACUCACACGACGAGGAAACGCCCACCCACAAUGUAUCGCAAUUGCUGGGAUUUCCGAAUGCCCAGCAGCCGGAUUCGGUGGCCGGGGGAGCGGGAGCCACAGUCACGUGGGAGCAGCGCAUGCUUUGCUGUUUGGCCAACUAUGCCUACUGCAACAAGAGCUUCUUCCCGAAGAUAGGAGACAUCUUUGUGCGGUAUGGCUACCCCCUGCCCACGUUGGCCAUCGAAACUGCCAGGUACACGGUGAAUCAGUUGUUUACCAAUCUCCUGGAGGAAUACGUGGAGCACAAGGGCGAUCCUUUAGUGGGCACGAUUGAGCCAUCGAUGUACCUCGGCCGUUUCCAAUGGGAUCACGAAAUGGAAAUCGGCCAACUACGACCGUAUGCCCACGAGUGCUGCGACAACCUGGUUGGAGUAUACUCCGAGAUCUACAGCAUCUCCCCGGCACUGUUGCGUCCCAUCCUCGAAUCCAUUGUGCAGACGAUAUCCGAGGAACUGGCCCGCCUAAUGAGUUGCGUCCAGCGCUUCAGCUUUACAGGAGCUAUCCAGGCACAUGUGGACAUCCGGCUGCUGAGGGAUGCGCUCGAGGGCUACGUGAACGAAACAGCCAAAAACUACUUCAUGGAGGCCCUGGAGGCCAUAAAUCCACCUUUGAGUGCCGAGCAGAAGCGCAAGGCCGACGAGAUUCUGGAGCGGGUGAAGGGCAACAUGCGACUGCAGCUGCUUUGCUUCGGAGUCAAGGAUCCUUGAGCACAUUCCAGAGAUGCCUGUAGCCUUACUAUCCCAUUUAUAAAUAGCUUGUGUGAUUCC